CCCGGCGAGCCGCCGCCUCGGGGGCUCCGCAUCGGGUUUCCAGACUUCUAGAAUGGCUAAGCAUUAAUGGAAGGAGAAGCAUAAAUCUAUCUUCCAUUAUGGAGGCAGGGUUAGCAGAUGGAGAGCCUGAUAGAACUUCGAUCAUGACAUAUUCAGAAGUUGCUGAAGUUCGAGAGACACUUCUUGGUGAUAACAAAGAUGUCCUUGGGCCAUCAACUGUUGUAGCAAACAGUGACGAACCUCAGCUUUUGACCCCAGGAAAGAUGAGUCAGCGCCAAGGGAAAGAGGCUUAUCCAACACCAACUAAAGAACCAUACCAGCCAUCAUCUCUCAGUCCUGCAAGUCCUCACAGUCAGGGUUUUGAAAGAGGAAAAGAAGAUAAUUCUCAAAAUAAAGAUGAUGCUUCACUUUCAAUGUCAAAGAGCAAGUCUGAAUCUAAACUUUACAAUGGCUCAGAAAAGGACAGCUCCAGUUCGAGCAAGCUCACCAAGAAAGAGUCUCUCAAGGUACAAAAGAAAAAUUACCGCGAAGAGAAGAAGAGGGCCACCAAGGAGUUGCUCAGCACCAUCACAGACCCCUCUGUCAUCGUCAUGGCUGACUGGCUGAAGAUUCGUGGUACCCUAAAGAGCUGGACCAAGUUGUGGUGUGUGUUGAAACCUGGGGUGCUUCUGAUCUAUAAAACACAAAAAAACGGCCAGUGGGUUGGAACAGUCCUUCUGAAUGCUUGUGAGAUCAUUGAACGCCCAUCAAAAAAGGAUGGCUUUUGUUUCAAGCUUUUCCAUCCUUUGGAGCAGUCUAUUUGGGCAGUGAAGGGGCCAAAGGGCGAAGCAGUUGGAUCCAUAACUCAACCCUUACCUAGCAGUUACUUGAUUAUCCGAGCAACCUCAGAGUCAGAUGGAAGGUGCUGGAUGGAUGCCUUGGAGUUGGCUUUGAAAUGUUCUAGUCUUCUUAAACGCACAAUGAUCAGGGAAGGAAAGGAACAUGACCUGAGCAUUUCCUCAGAUAACACACAUGUAACAUUAUAUGGUUUACUGCGUGCUAACAAUCUCCACAGUGGUGACAACUUCCAGUUGAAUGACAGUGAAAUUGAAAGGCAGCACUUUAAGGACCAAGAUAUGUAUUCUGAUAAAUCUGACAAAGAAAAUGACCAAGAGCACGAUGAGUCUGACAAUGAGGUGAUGGGGAAAAGUGAAGAGAGUGAUACAGAUACAUCAGAAAGGCAAGAUGACUCUUACAUUGAACCUGAGCCUGUUGAGCCUUUAAAGGAGACCACCUAUAUGGAGCAGAGUCAUGAAGAACUUGGAGAGGCAGGUGAAGCUUCUCAAACGGAAACUGUGUCUGAAGAAAACAAAAGCCUUAUCUGGACUCUGCUCAAACAAGUGCGUCCUGGCAUGGACCUGUCCAGGGUGGUUCUUCCUACAUUUAUUUUGGAGCCUCGUUCUUUCCUGGAUAAACUUUCAGAUUACUACUAUCAUGCAGACUUCCUGUCGGAGGCUGCUCUUGAAGAAAAUCCAUAUUUCCGUUUGAAGAAGGUCGUGAAAUGGUAUUUGUCAGGAUUCUAUAAAAAGCCAAAGGGAUUGAAGAAACCAUAUAAUCCUAUACUCGGUGAGACUUUCCGUUGUUUAUGGAUUCAUCCCAGGACAAACAGCAAAACAUUCUAUAUUGCAGAACAGGUGUCCCAUCACCCACCAAUAUCUGCCUUUUAUGUUAGUAACCGAAAAGAUGGAUUUUGCCUUAGUGGUAGUAUCCUGGCUAAGUCCAAGUUUUAUGGAAACUCGUUAUCUGCAAUACUAGAGGGAGAGGCACGGUUAACUUUCUUGAAUAGAGGUGAAGAUUAUGUAAUGACAAUGCCAUAUGCUCAUUGUAAAGGAAUUCUUUAUGGCACAAUGACCCUGGAGCUUGGUGGGACUGUCAAUAUUACCUGUCAAAAGACUGGAUACAGUGCAAUACUUGAAUUUAAGUUAAAGCCAUUUUUAGGGAGUAGUGAUUAUGUUAAUCAAAUAUCAGGAAAACUUAAAUUGGGAAAAGAAGUCCUAGCUACUUUGGAAGGUCAUUGGGAUAGUGAAGUCUUCAUUAAUGACAAGAAGACCGAUAACUCGGAGAUUUUCUGGAAUCCAACACCUGACAUUAAGCAGUGGAGAUUAACGAGGCACACUGUAAAAUUUGAAGAGCAGGAUGAUUUUGAGUCAGAGAAACUCUGGCAGCGAGUAACAAGAGCUAUAAAUGCCAAAGACCAAACAGAAGCUACUCAAGAAAAGUAUGUUUUGGAAGAAGCUCAAAGGCAGGCUGCCAGAGAUCGGAAAACAACAAAUGAAGAGUGGACUUGUAAGUUAUUUGAACUUGACCCACUCACAGGAGAAUGGCACUAUAAGUUUUCAGAUACUCGACCAUGGGACCCACUUAAUGAUAUGAUACAAUUUGAAAAAGAUGGCGUUAUCCAGACCAAAGUGAAACAUCGCACUCCAAUGGUUAGUGUUCCAAAAAUGAAGCAUAAACCAACAAGGCAACAGAAGAAAGUGGCAAAAGGCUAUUCUUCCCCAGAACCCGACAACCAGGACUCAUCUGGAAGUGAAGCUCAAUCUGUAAAACCAAGUACACGAAGAAAGAAGGGGAUAGACCUGGGAGAUAUUCAAAGUUCCAUUGAGUCUAUAAAACAAACACAGGAAGAAAUUAAAAGAAAUAUUAUGGCUCUUCGAAAUCAUUUACUUUCAAGUGCACCUGCUACAGAUUAUUUUCUGCAACAGAAAGACUACUUCGUCAUUUUCCUUCUGAUUUUACUUCAAGUCAUAAUAAACUUUAUAUUCAAGUAGAAGUUCUCAACAGUUGAAUCACUGAACUAGACAGAUGGAAUUUGGCCUGGGACUGGUGUUCACAUUGAUUUGCACUCUAGUGAAGCAUCACAGCGUUUCUAAAUCAACAGGGCAGGAGAUAAACGUGCAAGCGUCUGCCUAAUUUUCACGUCAUUAUCCUUAGCCCAAAACAAGAGCUGUUCUGUUUGGUUAUUAAAGUUGGCUAUGUGUUAAGUGCCAGAACACUUUGUGAGACUGUGCCUACAUGUGAGCAUAAUAAAUCCACAUGUGUACACAAGAACUCUUACCUGACAGUAGUUUCUGUGUUCUGCCGUAUGUUAUGAAAUACUCUGAUACCACUGUUCAUAACGAAAAUGCCAUUAAUCUUACAAAUAUAUGUAUAGUCAACUGUUUUCUUUAGAAGACUGGCAUACAACUUUUACUAAGAAAUUACAGUUGGAGAAAUGAUAGAUUAUAGACAUUGUAUGACUUGUUCAACACAUUAUACUGUUAAAAGCACCUUUAAGGUAUCUAGCUCAGUUGUCUUAGAAACACCAAGAGAAAAGUGAGUGGUCAGAAUUAAUAUAUUGUGAGGAACAAGUAGAAAGUUUUUAAGAGUUAAUGCAAAAUUUUCUCACCUCUAGGACUUAAUGUUACAGAUGUAGAUGUAUCCAUACUUACAUGUAUAUCAAUAUUAAAACUUAUGUGCAGCUACACGGAUGUGUAUGUUACAAUCCCAUCUUAAGCACUUGCCGACAAACGGUCAAGUUUGUUUGCUAUCCUUUACUGGUUUGGUUAAGUCAGCUGUGUCUAGGACAUCGUCCAGACAUCAGUGUUUAUAGGGUAUGUGUAAUUCUGAUAAUUUAAUGUUUUCUUUAUGAAAAAUAUUUUAGCAUUCAUUUUGACAUUAGAAUGCUCAAUGAGUAAAUAGAAAACUUCUCAUAUUGUACUUCAAAAGCCCAAAAAGAAAAAAAAUGCAGUAAGAUAAGACACUGCAGUGGCCUUUUCUUUGAGAACAUUAAAAUCAAUUUGUUUAAAUGUGCAAUAAGUUGAGCAUUUGAGAAUAUUCAGUUACAAAGUAUAUCAUCACCUUCCACCGCCCUGUGGCAAGCCACAAUUCUGUACAAGUCAUUUUGCUCAGGCUCAGCCAAGUUUCAUUGCUUAGAGUUUUUGCCUCUUCAGUUUCAUCUUUUGACUUCGUAUUAUUGUCAAAAACACUUCUUUAAAAGGUAAUUAAGUUUUGGAACAUGUCAUAAAAUUUAGAUUCCUCUAAACUAUAGAUUUCAGGGAGGUUUAUACAGUGAAAGACCUGUUGGCCUGGCUCCACCUGCCUUCAGCUAAAGGAGAGACUGAGGUACAAGUCAGUCACCUGAGAUGAAGCGGCAGUCAGUGCUGUGUGGCGAGUACAAAGCCAAGAGAUUGCUGAUACGGUGCUGAAACCACAUAUAACUAUCUUCAGUACCACAGGUCCCCACGAAAAGCCAUCCCCACAUGAUGUCAGCAAAACAAUGCUGUAUUUCAUUGAAAAUAUCUUAAACUUUUAACAGCAGAAACAAAAGGUGUACCUGUAUCCAGUGUUUCAUUAUUAUGGAGUUUUGGGUUAUUUCAUAUUUGUCAAUAUAUUUUUUGUAUUCUUAUUCUACUACCAAUAUUAUGCUCAACUGCCUAUCAUUGAUGUGAUAUUUUGUAAAUAUUGUACAACUUGAUCUUUAUAUGAUUUUAAAGUAGUAUUAAUUUAUAUUAUAUAUAACUUAAUUGGUUGAUCACUAAAAGUUGUUUCAUCAUUAAGCCCUGAAAUGUUAAAUUGUUGGUGACCUGCCUUAGGGCUCUGUCUUACGCCUUUACAUUGUUUCAUGUGGUCUGAACAGUACUUUAUUUGUGCUGAUAUCUGAGACUGGAACGGUGGUCGUUUUGUUGUUUUCAAUUUCACUUCAGAGCUGAUGUUAAUGGGUCCUUACCCAAGGAGUCAGAAAUUAAAUGAACAGGGUGACUGUUUCUUAUACACUAAAGGCUUAUGUUCAAUCGAAUGUUUCUCAUACACCUGACUGUAUGAGUUUCUUUCUGUGAACUGAACACAAAACUCAGGAAUUGGUGGAUUCAUAUGUAAGUCCUUUAAACAAUGUAUACUUCACCUUGAGUUUGGUCAGACUGUGUGACUUGACUUGAACAUUCUGAGGGUUAUCUUUCUUCAUAAAUGGAUUCACAAUGUGUGUGACUCACUGUUCCAAACUGUCUGAAAACUCCACGUGGUUUAUCGGGUUUGUGACUCCAUGGCCAGCUUUCUUUAUUUAAAACCUUAACUUCUCACGUGAAAAUUUAGAUGUGUAAUAAUAAUUAUUGACAUUUUCAGUUUUCAGUUGUUAAAUGUCUUUAGGUGUCUCCCAAUUAGUUAGAUGUUGCUGGCUAGUGAAAGAUUUAUGGACAUAUGAGAUGUUAGUGUGCUUUAGCAAUAGAUAUUUAUUUAACUUGUCAUUCUUACCGAUACUUUUUUUUUUUUUUUUUUUUAAAGCUUAAAAAGGUACAGUGGUAAUCUUUGUCAUGGCUCAGUUGACAACUGCAUUCCCUUGAAAGCUGGCCCUGUAAGAUACAAUCCUCAUUUCCUAGCUCAUGUUUCUGUGCCUUUAAGGAGAUAUUUUUAUUGUUUUGUGUUACAGAACUAUAAUAUGGUGUUCAAAGUGUUUAUAGGCUUAUUUGUCAUAAAAGGGUCAUUUCUCUGUCACUUUAUUUCCUUUUAUAUAGCUGAAGAAUAUGUAAACAGUAAUGCUGUACUUUUAUAAGGGUUUGUCUGGUUACCUACUUCAAAUAUAUUCUUAGUCAGACAUCAUUACAGUAAACUUGUCAGAUUAUUCUGAGUAUUGUAAACAGUGCCUUUUUGAUGGAAUUCACACUGUUUUGGGUGUCAACUUGUGCCAUAUUCACAGAAUUCUGUGGAAGGCAGUUUUAACUUUUUGAAGAAUAUCUUCAUCAAAAUUUUAAAAACAAAUGUGUAAAAUUUCAUCUUUUUCAGUGUUUGGCAUUUCUAAUCAGCAGUAAAUAGUUUUGUUUUGCAUUUUUGUCUUCUCUACAGGGACGAUGGCAUAAGAUGAGCCAUACACGAGUCUGCAGAUUAUUUUGGAUUAUGUUAAAAAUAAAGAGUUCAUGUUUAUAUCAAAAUUUCCAAUUUGACCUAUGGUGGGGGGGACCUCUCAUAAUUCAAUAAGUUUACAUUUUAACCUCUUGCUUAUCUGGCUAAGUGUAUAAAGAGAUUCUUUAAAAUGUAUAACCUGCCACCACUGCAUAAUUUGGUUUCUUUUUGUUACAUAUUUUGUGGGUUUAGGAUAUCCACUUUUUGUUACAAUUAUACUACUAUUUUGUUACAGUUUUUAAUUGAACAUGGACUGUUAAAAUUGUACAGGACCAGUGUCUUAUUAAUAAGAUUAACAUACUCAAUGAGAGCCACAGGGAAACCUUGCCGAAAAUGAAUGUGUCUGUACUUCAUGGAGUGUUUAGAAAAAUUAGCCUCUUCAUUUAUCAUGAAAAUUAUUUUAAUACCAUAAUAUUGAAAUUCUUUAUUUGAAAAAAUGACAUGAGACAUUUGAAUGAUGAGCCACAGACCUUCAGUUGGAUUUAUUUUCACUUUUUGGCAUGUUAAAUACACAUUUAAUUUUAAAUACAUCAGUUAAUGGCUGUUUAUAAAGUCAAGCACUACCACUGGUCAGUUUUGUAUGAUAGGAUACAAGUGUGUUGUUACCUGCAGUGUAAGUAUAGCACACUGUUGAAUUCUCUUAAGGUGCAUAGUAAAUGUAUAGAUAGUCACAGGCGGUUUUGUAAUGUAUACAUUUCUAAUCUAUUAUGCCUAACCUGUUAUGUUUGCAGAGAGAAAGGAAUUUUUCUAAUCUGUAAAAUUAUGUUAACUUCUAUAAGUAGGUAUUCUAAAUAAACUUUUUAAAAAGCA